ACCCAACGCCCCCACAAAAGUCUCAUUCAUUCUCUUUCCCCUUCUUAUAACCCUUCUGCUCCCAUAACUUUCAACCAUAUUAUCUCUGGCCUCCUCCCCCUAUUUCACAUAACAGAGAGAGACUGUCUUCUCCAAAUGGGUUUUGAUGAUCAUAAUAUUGUUUGUAACACAGGCCUCGUUCUAGGGCUAGGUCUCACAUCAGCAACACAUGAAGAGACUCCAUCUCCAUCAAAGCCGGCAGUGCCGCCAAAGAAACCAUGCCUAAAUUUCACGACCACGAAUUUUGAGCCGUCCUUGACGUUGGGUCUUUCCGGUGAGGGUUACGGCCACCAAGUCCCCAAAAAGAUUGAUGUGAACAGAGGUUGUGACGAAACGGUUGACUUGUAUCGACAAACUUCGCCGCACAGUGCUGUUUCGUCCUUCUCUAGUGGCAGGGUCAAGAGGGAGAGAGACCUUAGCAGCGAAGAAAUUGAGGUAGAGAGAGUCUCUUCAAGAGUCAGUGAUGAAGAUGAAGAUGGUCCUAAUGCAAGAAAGAAGCUUAGGCUCACCAAGGAACAGUCUGCUCUUUUGGAAGAAAGCUUCAAACAGCAUAGCACUCUCAACCCUAAGCAAAAACAAGCUUUAGCAAGGCAGUUAAAUCUACGGCCACGACAGGUUGAAGUUUGGUUCCAGAACAGGAGGGCCAGGACAAAGCUAAAGCAAACCGAGGUGGACUGUGAGUUUCUGAAGAAGUGCUGCGAAACACUGACAGAUGAAAACAGGAGGCUACAGAAAGAGCUACACGAGCUGAAGGCACUGAAACUAGCCCAACCUUUGUACAUGCACAUGCCGGCGGCCACCCUGACCAUGUGCCCAUCAUGCGAAAGGAUUGGAUCAGGUGUCGUCGGCGAAAACGCUUCCAAGAUCAGCACCUUUUCGAUGGCUCCUAAGUCUCACUUCUACAAUCCCUUCACCAAUCCUUCUGCAGCUUGUUGAUUAAUUAAUAGGGUAUUAGGAUUAAUAAUUAGAAGAGAAAAUAUAAAUCAUAUAGAUAUAUAUAUCCUCUCAUAACCCCUGUAUUUUUUGGUCUCGAGGGAAUUGCUUGUAGUAAAAAACUAGUGUAAUUAAGUUGCAGAAAUUAAAUAGUCGUUACUGAUCA